AAUCAAUGUCUCCCUAAAACAACGCUGUAAAGAAUCAUCUCUCAACUUUCGAUUUACUGAUAGUCCGCAGUUUGCGUUCGAGUGGCGAUAUCGCGUGGGCUAAUAUCUAAGGUAGGUAAGGUAGUUAGGCCCGUCCGUAUUGCGAUGUAGCCAACCACCUCACUCACCACACCCAAAGACGCCUGGGCUCGCCUCUUCUCGUCUCUCCCUCCCCGUCUUCGUCAUUCUCCUCCUUCAACAUCACCACCAAAUCUUUUGGCCUCAUUCCCCGUCCUCCUCAGUUCCAUUCUCACCUUCUUUCGGCGUUUUCGAUUCCUCCGUUCAUCGAUAUUAGCGGCUUCAUCUUCGACUGACUCCUCAGCCACGUCUCCUUUUGCUUAUCUCGCCGCGCGAUUGAUUCUUACAUGUACUAUUUGCGGCGGUGACGCCGUCCGCCAAGAUCCGUGCCUUGAUUGUCCCCGACCGACCAAUCGAUCGACUAAUCCGCACAACACGAUCUAUCUAUACAACCCGAGCCAAACGCAAUUUUCCUUGAAUUGAUCUCUCGACCCUGUAGAGCAAGCAAUCGAAUCAAAGUCAAGAGACGGUCAUCUAAAUACUUUGUCCCUCGCCCAUCAUGGGGCUCUCUUCCAACCCGUCGUCUGCCUUUACAGGCGUCGUCAUCGGCCUCGUGUCAUCAUUCGGCUCCAUCGUCCUCAUCGCCCUAGUCAUCUUCAUUUUCUGGGUUUCUGGCUGCGCGAGUACUGGUCGCAUCAUCCUCGACCGACUCGGUCGGCCUGGCGAAUACGAUGAUGAACAAGCGUUCGCACGCGAUGAGGCUGAGGCCCUCGAGGUCAUGGAUGAUAUGUCGCGCCAGGAAUACCUACGUGCAAAGGCUUGGGUUACUGCGAACCCUCCCGAAUCAAUGCAGACUGAUAUCUCUCUAUCUCAAUACCUCGCCAUACAAGAAAAGGGUGUCUCCGCAUGGGAAUUUGAGCCUGAACUGGAGAUCGCCAACUGCUUUGUCGAAGCUCGUACCGAAAUCGAAUUCUUUGACUCGGAAUGCACCGUCAUGAGCAAUCUCCCUGUCCCCAAGCAAAACGACGUCUACUACUGGGAAGCCAAGAUCUACGAAAAGCCCGAAAACACUCUGCUCAGUAUCGGCAUGGCUACCAAGCCCUAUCCGCUCUUCCGACUGCCGGGUUAUCACAAGUACUCUGUCGGAUAUCAAUCUACUGGUGCCCGCCGCUACAAUCAACCAUUCGGCGCGACUCCCUAUGGUCCGCCACUGGUGCAGGGUGAUGUCGUUGGGGUGGGUUAUCGUCCUCGGACCGGUGCUAUCUUCUUCACUCGCAAUGGUAAAAAGCUCGAGGAGGUUGUUCACGGGCUCAAGGCGCAAAACUUCUUCCCUGCGAUCGGUGCAAAUGGUCCUGCUACUAUUCACGUCAACCUUGGUCAGGCCGGCUUCGUUUUCAUCGAGGCAAACGUCAAGAAAUGGGGUCUGGCUCCUGUGACUGGAAGCCUGGCUCCUCCGCCACCUUAUGGAUCUGAGCAGGGUAGCAUACUGUUGGAAGCUGGUACCAAGGAUGGCAAUACUUAUCCUCAAGGCAGGCAACACAGCCACUCCAUUACUGCAAGCUCGUACAACACACGCAACCCAUCUAACGACCUCAACCCUUCGCAUGGACGAACACGUAGUGGUAACUUUCGCGUACUUCCCCCAACAAGUCCCGGACCAGUUAGAAGCUCGACCGAUAUUUCUUUGGCUCAUUUUGUACCCAACGAGGAGAACGGCGAAGCUAGCAGCAAUGUCGUACCUCAACAGGAGACGCACGACCACAACCCCCUGCACCUGCAUCUCGAGGAUGCGACGAACCCGCCUCCUGAAUAUCAAAGUCCCGACCAUUCAGGUAGCGAAGAUGGUCGAUAUGGAAGUGACAGCGAGGAAGAUACGCCUCUUAUUCGCGUAAUGAACCGCAGCCGAGGUAACUCUUCCGCUACGGUGCUUCCCUCACGGCAAACUCCAAGUCCUCGCCAACCGCCAGUACCCAGCUACAGUGACGCUAUGCGAGAGGGUGCUGGUCGUGACCGUAGUGAUAGUGCUCGAUCACCGCCACCGAACCGAACGCCAUCCAAUAGACCUCGCAGUAGCACUUCUGCUUGAGUGGGCAUCCGAAUGCGGCCUGCUGAUGCACAAGUUUUAUACAUUUAUUCAUGAACGUCUGAACAUGACACGAAAGACGAACGACGAUGCUCAAUAGAUGCAGCAUCGACGACAUAUGAUACCGGAGUUGACAGGACCGAUCACCAGGCAUGAUCCAUUUCAAUCGUUGUUUUCUCGCACAGGCGCCUUGGAGUUUUGAGCAUUGACAGGCGCACGUUUCCGAGGUAGGAGAGCCUCCAAACGGCCGGCAGUCGUCCUUUUUUAUUUGUAUUUUUAGACAGGAAAUCUGGUUCGGUCUCAGGGUUGUGAACCAGCUGGAUAUGAGUUCCUGGAAAGGGGGCCGGAACGGAAUAUUGAUACCAACAACCUGGAUGGCUUUGCGCUCCUUUUUUUCUUUUUGAAGCUUCUUGUUUCCUUAAACAUGGCCUAACACUACGUAUCUGGGACGUCGAAGAGCGCAUGGGUGUUUGGAUAGUGGCUUAUGCGCUGAUGGCUGUGAGGGCGUUAUGUUGGAUGAGGCCUCGGUCGCUGCCUCACAAUAAAAGGGCGACUUUGAGUAUAAAGGUAGUGGAGGAAGUCUCGAUAUGAAUUCCCAAUCACUUAUACUAUACUAUCGUACCUUUUCAUGUGUUCAUAUCAUAGAGCCAGGUGAUGCGAAACGGCUUCCAUACUAAGGCGGGCUUCCUAAGGUUUAGUUGAUGUGAUGAUAGCACUGAUCGAUCCUCUACAGUCAUCAAGUGACCUGAUAUGACAGCAGCAAAACAUAGGACUUUAUGCUACCUUCAUCUCCUUACUUUCAUACUUUGAUGCCCACAAACACCCUACACCUGCAGAAGUCGCAUUCUAUACACUACACUCUAGGAGAUCACAGACUUCAUCAUCCGUUACAACGAUCAUUCUUCAUUAAGUCCACGCUGAUAGCAACAGUAUAAUAUAUCCCCUAGAGACAAGAACCAUCCUACUCUGACCCAUCAUGAAUGUACCAGCUGUAGCUCUCAAGUACGGUGCCACAAGAGGCCUUUGAUAUUGGCUUCAACGCCGAGGCCAUACAGCACAGCAACUGUCUCCUGUGUUUCAGCAUCAACUAAAUAAAUCUACAAGAUAUACAGAAUGAUGACAGGAGGACUGGCAACCGGGUUGAAAUGUGUUUGCUUAUAUGUACCUUUCAUUCUGAGGUACUUGCGAGUCAAGUCUAUCCCUAUGGCCCUGUUCAGAAAAAAACCGGCGACAAGAAGCCCAAAUCCCCCAACUCAACUAGAAAGCAGUAGAAAAUUAUCUAUAUGCAUUGGCUCUCAUAUCUAUAAAAAUCACUAGACUUUUGAUCGAUAUUAUCGAGCUUUGCUGCGUGGAGCGCCCAAAGGCUGAGCGAGUUAAGUAUUUUUGUGCAUGUACCUGAAAAUGAAAGGUACUUAGUUACAUGGCUUGAUACUUAUCAC